CCGCUCCCACAUGCCAAAGCUCCCGCUCCCACGCGCAGAGCUUUCCGAAAGCCAAGCUACCAUCAGCACAGUUUUGGUCUAAACGCGGCUCGAACACCAUCUCCAGAGGCGUCGCAGCCCCCGAAGCGCGUCCAUUCGAGUGCGCCUCGACCCAUGUAACUCGCCUCGUAAUAACCCAAGUGACUCUAGUGUAGCGCACCCAGCUAAGCCCAGUUGCAAAUAUUGUCCGACAAACAUCGUAAAUUAUUGUGUCACGUUGUGUUUAAUGUUUUUAAUCAAAAGGCGGCAAAUUCUAAUGCUGUAGAUUAGUAAUAGCGUAGUAAGAAAUGCACUCAGACUUUUCGUCCGAGGGAAAGUCGUGCCUCGGGUUUCGCCACCAGUGAAAGCGGAUGGUUUGGUGUCUUCCGGUGGCUGCUGACUUUUCGGCCAACAAUGGACACAACAAAUGGAGCUAAUUGCAGUAAUGGAAACUAUACGAAACCUGGAUAUUGUCCGGAAAUUUUCGACGAGGAGCUGUGCUGGCCGGAGACCCUCUCCGGAACCACAGCGAAUCAAUCAUGUCCAAAAAGGAUGGGAUUUGACUCCAGGCGACUGGCGUUUAAAGUAUGCUUAGAAAAUGGCUCCUGGUUUACACAUCCGGUUUCCGGAAAAGUCUGGACCAAUUACACGACGUGCGUGGAUCACGAAGACUUAGCUUUUAGAACUCACAUAAAUCACCUCUUUGUUAUUGGAUAUUCGAUAUCGCUGGCGGCACUAGUUAUUUCGCUCGCCAUAUUUUUCACCUUCCGGACGUUGAAAUGCACAAGGAUUCGUAUCCAUAUCCAGCUGUUCAUCUCCUUCGCGCUCAAUAAUCUUAUGUGGAUCAUCUGGUACAAGGAGGUCGUCCCUAACCCUCUCGUUACUAUACAUAAUGAGCUUUGGUGUCAAGCCCUUCACGUCGUCGUUCACUACCUAAUGUUAGCAAACUACAUGUGGAUGUUCUGCGAGGGUUUGCACCUCCACCUCGCCCUAGUCGUCGUCUUCGUUCGAGACGAAGUCACCAUGAAAUGGUUCUUCGCACUUGGCUGGGGCGCCCCUUUGAUCAUCGUCACAAUUUACAGCAUCGUGAGGAUAUGCAUACUCCAAGACAACUACAUGUGUUGGAUGGCUGAUAGUUAUUACAGUUCGUGGAUUCUUACAGCUCCGGUGUGCAUUUCGCUACUGGUUUCUCUAAUAUUCCUGAUCAACGUCCUGCGGGUAAUCCUGACCAUAAUGCAUCCGAAUUCGGCGAAUCCCGCCCCCAUGGGAAUACGACGAGCAGCCCGUGCAGCACUGAUCCUCAUUCCGCUGUUUGGACUUCAGCAUAUUUUAAUACCCUUCAGGCCGGAUAUGUACGACCCGUACGAGCACCUGUACCAGUACGUCACAGUGGUCGUCGUCACAUUACAGGGCUUGUGCGUGUCUUGCCUCUUCUGCUUCGCCAACCAAGACGUCCACCAAGCCAUCCGCGCUUUCAUGCACCGCAGAAUCUACCGGACGACCCGCUGGAGCAACUACCAUUACACCGGGGCGGUGGACAGCGCAGGGGUGUACGUCGUCAACGGCAGCAGCAACUGCAACAAUGUGGGCCUGCUGUCACUAAAAAGGAAAUCCACAACAACGGUCAAACUGUAAGGAUUUUCUCGGCGCCCCGCCGAGUCCUGCUCACUGCGAAAAGCGACAACUGGAUUGUUCGCUGUUCGUAUUUAUUUUCGGAGUUGCGCGGGAGCUUGACGGUUAAAAAUGACAAACAUUAGUAUGGAGACGACCCUAAAAAGUCGACAGUCGAUUUUCGGUUUAAUACCCAUAAAUUUUAGCGGACAGCCGCAUUUUUUAUGCGGUAUGGUUGCGGUUGCAGCGAUUCCGGGCGAGGCUGGAGCAGGGCCGGCACAGGUUUAUAUGGUGAAUAUUAAAUGAGUACAUUCCACUGUGAAACGUGACUUAGGCGGUAUUAAAAAUGGAAAUAAACUGUUAAAUAAGCGAGUUCGGGCCGGCCGGAAAUUUGCCCAGUGGACUUUUUUCGAGGUGGUGACAAAAUGAAAUCUUUUUUUAGUGGGGUGACGCUGCGAGAUUUUUAGUCUUUAUGGGGCUGACAAAAAAAUAGGUUUUUGGGUGUUGCUCAGUGUAAUUAAAUUAAUUCUAAUAGUUAUAAAAAAGGCUCGGAUUUUAUGCAUAAAAAUUCAAACGAAAUUAAGUAUGUGAGAAAAUACUGUUUACAGAGUAUUUGAUUUUAGCUAUAAUUUUUAUCUAACCAAUUAAUUGUUUUUCAAAAUUUUCCAUUAAAAAUUAUUCGCGAUUGUCACACAACACAUGUUUCAUUGGAGCAAAUAUUAAAUUCUCUAUUAUUGAGAUAAAUUUUACUCACAAGCGACAAGGUAUUAAAACCUGCAUUUUUUUCUAAAACAGACUUGAAUUUCUGAAAAACUUUACGACACAAUAACACGUUGGUAAACGGAGAAAGAUAAGCGGCCUCGUGGUCUAGUGGUCGAGGCGCCCGCCCGACAAGUGGGAGACGUUGGGUUCGAUUCCCACCGGGGCAGCAACAUUUUUCUUCGUUUACCUUCAACUUCUUUACCUAUUUUACCUUGAGCAUUGGAUAGUUUUUUAAAACAAUCUGUUUCUAGCUAUUUUAGAUUCUUUAAUAGAAGUAACAUCAUCUGACAGCUCAUUAACAAAAUUCUUAACCGCACUGUAGUUUUUGGUAUAAAAUACAAUUGCGUUCAAUCCUUUUUCCCACCUAGUUACAACAGGUUAUGGAGACGGGGGUAAAUUAAACAAUGCAUUUCGGCAAAAUUGCACUCUCAAACGAGUUUCAACAAAAAGUUUUUUACAUUAUUUAUUAUUAGCAUGAUUUUAAAGUGUCUGUAAGGUUUCAGAACAACCAGAUUCGUAUUUUCGAAAAAUGUUUGCAACAUUUUCUUUUUUCUUUCGUAGAAAUAUAGAUGUCCAAGGUAAAAAUAAAAACGGAUUAAGUAGUAAACCAUAAAUAUAGAAAUGAGCAUAUUAUUUUACAUAAUUUAAACAGGAUUCUUACUUAGCAAAAUUUUGAGAUGACGUCAUCAGAUUGUUGAUGCGAUGUACAAACAAAUUCUGGUUGGCGUUUAAUUAUUACCUGAUUGAUAAUCUUAAAGAAGAUCCAAAAUGCCACAACCAUCGGUUUAGCACUUUAGGUGUCUAACAACAUCGCUAAAAGCAGUAAAUUUUGUGUACUUUUUUAAAAAAUGAAGAAAAGUGUAUGUACGUAUUUUAGCAAAUUUGGAUUUUGUGAAAAACUUUUGACUAUUCUGUUUAAAGUUCAUAAAAAAAAAGGAUCAAAAAUAGAAAAAAUGAAUGAAAAUGGGGCAGUAUCACGCAGCAAAUAAUGUAAAAUGUUUUAUUUUAGAAAACAUUACCAAAUUCUUCUGGAAAUCUACCUUAGAACUUAUAGUUGAAUAUCUAUUUUUCCUGUAACUGAUUAAAACCAU